AUGAGGAGGGAGAGGGACCCAUUGGUCCUUGGACGUGUGAUAGGAGAUGUUGUUGAUGGCUUCACCAGGUCUAUUAACCUCACUGUUACUUAUAGUGAUAGGGAAGUUAGCAACGGGGUCGGGCUAAAACCUUCUCAAGUUGUGAACCAACCUAGGGUUGAUAUUGGAGGUCACGAUCUACGUGUUUUUCACACUUUAGUUAUGGUGGAUCCUGAUGCUCCAAGUCCAAGUGAUCCUAACCUUAGGGAAUACUUGCAUUGGUUGGUGACUGAUAUUCCAUCAACAACAGGAGCAAGUUUUGGUCAAGAAGUCGUGUGCUACGAGAGUCCAAGACCAUCAAUGGGAAUUCAUCGCAUAGUUUUCGUGUUGUUCCGACAGCUGGGUCGACAAACUGUGUACGCCCCAGGGUGGCGCCAGAACUUCAACACAAGAGACUUUGCAGAGCUCUACAACCUUGGGUCUCCUGUGGCCGCGGUCUACUUCAACUGCCAACGUGAAAGUGGAUCCGGUCGAAGAAGGAGAUAAGAAGUAAAGCAUGCCACUGUCAUACAAACGACUUUAUAAACGCAUAUUCUUCUUUAUAUAACAUCAUGUUAAACAAUAAAGAAGGCCCUAAAAGAAUACUUAUAAAAGAAUAAGAAUAAUUUGUGCGAAGUAAGAAGAUGUACGACUAUAUAAAACAAUGAUGAAAUGAAAUAAAUGCAAUCUU